GGUUUGGCAGUCCGGUGAACGAAUUUCUCAGGGUGAUUAUCACGCAGGUUUUGAUACUGGUGGGCUUUUCCACGAACGAUAGUGGAAAUUGAAGGUGUCAAAAUAUCGAUACACGAUCGAGUGCCAAUCGGAAACCUGUUAAGCAAAACUAAUUUUGAACAGCCUAUAACGAUAUCGUACGACAGGGUGGCCUUCGGACUGACAAAAGGCAAAGACGUACGCAGUAGAAACAACUAGCGUUCUCGUGGUGUAUGUAACGAGGUUGUCGAAGUAACCGUCGCGCGGAGCUGUGCGAUUUCUUCUGUCGGAGUGUAACAUUAACGCAAGGUGUGGACGGUAUAGAAACGUUCUGGAAUUUCCUCGUAUCAACGAUUUGGGAGCGACGAGCCCAUUCGUGAGGGAUGUCUACCCCCGCAAGAAGGAGACUAAUGAGAGAUUUUAAGAGAUUACAAGAAGAUCCACCCACUGGAGUAUCAGGAGCACCCACAGACAAUAAUAUUAUGAUAUGGAAUGCUGUUAUAUUUGGGCCACAUGACACUCCAUUCGAAGAUGGUACCUUUAAACUCACAAUAGAAUUUACAGAAGAAUAUCCAAAUAAACCACCCACAGUCAGGUUUAUUAGUAAGAUGUUCCACCCUAAUGUAUAUGCUGAUGGAGGCAUAUGUUUGGACAUAUUACAGAAUCGUUGGAGUCCUACUUACGAUGUCUCUGCUAUUUUGACAUCCAUACAGUCCCUUUUGGAUGAACCAAACCCAAAUUCUCCAGCCAAUUCGUUAGCGGCACAAUUGUAUCAGGAAAAUAAACGGGAAUAUGAGAAGAGAGUAGCUACUGUUGUUGAACAGUCUUGGUUGAACUUUCAAGAAAGUCACACAGACGAUACCCGCUGACAUUAAGUAUAGUUCAUUCUAUAUUUUUUUUCAGUUUAUUUGAUAUUGUUUUCUACAUUGUUUUUAGCAGUUCAUGGCCUGAAGUGCUUUUUCCCUGUAUUUACAAAAACAAUAUAUUAAAUCCUCCACUGUUCUACAAAAUUUUCAUUUUAUGUUUAGUUUUAUAAAUUAACAAGAUGUUUUUUUUUCAAUAGAAUAUCUUUUAAAUACACGAAAAUGUAGAGCACUGGAGUGAUGUGGUCAUACAGAGCGUUGCGUGAUUUUUAUCCGUGAACACAAAUGAGACGCGUAUGAUUUUGCUCACUAUAAUUAGAUUUUAGGCGCCCAUACACAGCCAAAUUCAAAUAUUAAAAAUAUAUGCAUAUAAAUAUUGUUUUGUUAAUAUUGAUUUGCAUUGUAACUAACAGCUAUACUCGAAUAUAAGGAUCUUCAUAAAAAAGUAAUUAAAAAAUUGAUAAACUCAAGGUUUACUAAUUCAUCAUCAGGAAGUAAUAAGCAAGAACUUAGUCUGAUUUAAUGCAGAAAGUAAAUGUAUCAAUGUAUAAAUAACAUAGUACAUAGUUAAACUGGUAACCAAGUGGAAGAAUAUAAAUAUUGAUUAUUUGUAAUUUCCUAAUAAAGUUGAAAGAACAUUA